UAUGACACAUAUUUUCGAAUCUGCCAAGGUUUGUUGACAGUUCCCAAAAGUUUGAUCCAUGGUGUAUGUUUUUUUUCUUCAUACGAGUGAGUAUAUGACACAUAUUUUCGAGUUCUUUUAUUUUGGACUUUAUUUGAUCACCAGCACUAACUGUCCCAGCUAUCAGACCAACGUCUCUAUCCCUCCUGAGAUCUUCCGUUGUUGACCGGACGUCCGGACCUGAGAACUGACCUCCGGUGAAUCGAUGAGCCACUCUACCGAACAGCUGAGUGUGUUUUUCUCCUAGCAGACCGGACCUGUCGAUGAAGUGCAAAUCCGUUGCAUGUAUAUGGUCAGGCUCACCACCGGCACACAAAGUCACCGCCUUAGCCGUACUCAAUCACCCUCCUACUCUCUACACUGGUGGCUCCGAUGGCUCCAUCAUCUGGUGGAGCCUCUACUCUUCCAUCGGAUCUGCUAAGGAAAUCAAGCCCAUUUCUAUGCUGUGUGGUCACGCUGCUCCAAUAGUUGAUUUAGGGAUAUGUUGUCCUACAUCAGUUUCUGGGGAUGGUAGAGUAGAUCAAGUUGAACCCAAUAGUAGUGUGGUAUUGAAUUCUAACAAUGGUGCACUAAUAAGUGUAUGCACUGAUGGUGUGAUGUGUGUAUGGAGUAGAGCCAGUGGAAACUGCAGACGCAGACGGAAAUUGCCUGCAUGGGCCGGAGCACCAUCCUUCCUCCGGCCAUUUCCCGAAAAUCAUAGAUAUGUGUGCAUUUCCUGUUUCGCUGUUGAUUCUGUUUAUGUACCUGAACAUCAGUCACUUGAUGGUGGAGUUGAAGGUUUAGUAGAUUCAGAAGCGCUUAAUGUUAAACCAUCUAAAUGCACAAUCAUCAUUGUUGAUUCAUAUACUCUUAACAUUCUCCAAACAGUUUUCAAUGGAUUCUUAUCCAUCGGACCUUUAAAGUCUAUGGAUAUAGUUUCAUCCAUUGGAGAUAUACUUAUGCAGUCAGUUAUGAUGGUUGACUCUUUCGGAAAAGUACAAUGUGUACCGAUAUUGAAAGAAUGUGGUUCAAACUCAGAAAAAAUGACGGCAACACCUAGCAUUCCCUCUAGUAUAGGGAAUAUAGACUGGGUAGAUGGGUCAAAUGAGAGAGGUCUUCUGUUGUCUAUCAUAAAUUUCGGUCAGGUCUUAGGUUUUCUGUUCAAAACAUGCUGUAUAUUUCGGUUCUUAGAGGAUGACAGUAAAAUAGAGGAAAUUUCUUUUUUAGAUAGUCCACUUUCUGUAGAAGGCAGUUAUAUCGUUGGGGGCAUGGUUCUUAGAUAUGAUCAAAUUGAGACAGGGCUUGAUUAUGAGAAUUCAUUUAGUUUAUUUGCUGUUUGGAGUAAUAGAGGUUCAGCUGUUAUAUACAGGGUAUUGUAUUCAAGCAAUGUCUUCAUGUAUGAACCCAUAUCUACCAUCUGUGCCAGUUCUUGCUCUUCUGAUGUGAGGUUAUCUAUAUCCUUUGCUCAAUUAGACAAAUGUCUUAUCCGGGUAGAAUCAAUUUGCUUUCAUAUGGAAGAACCAUCGUUUUGGAUGCCACAUUUAGCGGUUUGGUCAUUGCCUGAACAGUGUGGUAAUUAUGUGAAGCUAUCACCUCAAGAGUGUGACAUGAUUGGUAAAGGAAACUACUUUGAAGACUGGGACGUAAACCUUACUUCCUCUGGAACAGAGGGGGUAAGGCAGGAUGUUCGAGCAAAAGCAAAGAGCACUGAUCAUAAAAUUUCUAAGAGUUAUUGUUCUUAUGAUAGAGGAGGGCUAGUAUCUUCAUCCCUGGUUAUUUCUGAGGACGACUAUGUGCCCUUAGCUGUUGUUUACGGUUUCUAUAAUGGUGACAUAAAAGUAAUGCGUUUUGACAUGUUUUUCGAAGAAUUGAAUUCUCACCAUCAAAAUGAACACACAACUGAACAUUGUCUCACUGGUCACAGAGGGGCUGUACUAUGUCUGGCUGCACAUUGUCUGAAAAAAUCUUCUGAAGGGACUUCCACUUAUAUUUUGUUGUCAGGAAGCAUGGACUGCACAGUUCGUAUGUGGGAUCUUGAUUCUGGCAAACCCCUAAUAGUGAUGCACCAACAUGUAGCUCCAGUCCGCCAAAUUAUUCUCCCCCCACCUCAAACUGACCAUCCUUGGAAUGAUUGCUUUCUUUCUGUCGGGGAAGACUCAUGUGUUGCCCUUGCUUCACUGGACACUAUGCGAGUUGAACGAAUGUUCCCAGGCCACCCAUUUUAUCCCGCAAAAGUUAUGUGGGACAGUAGAAGAGGCUAUAUAGCAUGCCUCUGUUCAAAUCAGAUAGGAGCAUCUGCUCGAGUUGAUAUUCUGUACAUUUGGGAUGUGAAGACUGGGGCCCGUGAGAGGGUCCUUCGCGGAGCUGCUGCUCAUUCAAUGUUUGAACAUUUCUGUGCAGGCAUCAAUAAAAAUCUUCCCUCCACUGAUAUGCUAAAUGGGAAUACGUCUGCUUCCUUGAUGCUUUUUCCUGUUGUUGAUGAGGCGAAGUAUUCACAAACUUCGGGGAAGACGGCCUCUUCGUCAAAAAUAUCUUCUGCCGGUACAAGAACAAAUUAUAGGUCUACGUCUGCAUCUGGGAAUGGUGGAAAUGCUUCUGGGUCUGUUUUUUCUUCCUUCCAUUGCACAUACCAACCAAUUAAAAGCUUUUGUCCAUUUCCUGGAAUUUGUGCUCUAUCUUUUGAUCUUACAGAUCUCGUGUCUCUUUGUCUGAGACUUGAGCCUUUGAGAAAUGAGUGUGGUAACCUCAAUAAAAAGCAAGAAAAAGUGGCAAGGAUUGAGUAUCACUCACAUACUGUUGAUACUAAGCCGAACAUUCAUAGAAAGGAGGUUGGAAAGGGAUUGCCCGGUCAGCACCACACAAUUGAGGAUAACAAUGUUGACGAGACUAAAAGAGAUGUUGCCCAAUAUCAUGAGUGGAUCUGCUCCCUUGAGAAGUGUUUACUUCAGUUCAGUUUGGCAAUAUUACAUUUGUGGGAUGUGGAUUAUGAGCUUGAUGAACUGCUAGUGAAUGAAAUGAAGCUUAGGAGACCAUCAAAUUUGUUUAUAGCUUCUGGUCUAAUAGGGGAUAAAGGGUCUUUGACACUGACAUUUCCUGACGCUACUGCAACUCUUGAGCUUUGGAAAUCAUCAUCCGAGUAUUGUGCAAUCCGUUCACUAACUAUGGUUUCCCUUGCCCAGCAUAUCAUUAGCCUGUCACACGCCUAUUCAGCCGCCAGCAGUGCACUUUCGGCAUUUUAUAUGCGCAAUUUGACAGAGAAGAUCCCAAACAUUAAGCCCCCUUUACUGCAGCUUUUAGUAAGCUUUUGGCAAGAUGAGGUUGACCAUGUAAAAAUGGCUGCACGUUCUUUGUUCCAUUGUGCUGCUUCACGAGCUAUACCCCCUCCACUUUGCACGGAUAAAGCAACCCAUCAUGAAAGUUUUAUGGAUUAUUCAGAUGGACUGUCAGAAAGAGAAAAGUCUAACUCCACAGCAGAUAAACCCACAGACUACUCAAGGGCUGAGAGGCACAUAGAGGUAGAAACGGAUUCUGAGGACAUAGAAUCUGAAAUAUUAUCAUGGCUAGAGUCAUUUGAAAUGCACGACUGGAUUUCUUGUGUUGGAGGCACAAGUCAAGACGCAAUGACAUCUCAUAUUGCUGUUGCUGCUGCUUUGGCUGUUUGGUAUCCUAGCCUUGUAAAACCAAAGCUUGCCAUGCUAGUUGUUCACCCAUUGAUGAAAUUGGUAAUGGCUAUGAAUGAAAAAUAUAGUCCUACUGCUGCAGAGAUUCUAGCAGAAGGUAUGGAGAGCACAUGGAAGGCAAUCAUUGGUUCUGAAAUAACUCGACUUUUUGGGGAUAUUUUCUUUCAAAUUGAGUGCGUCAGUGGUGCACCUGCUAAUGCAUCCAUUCAAAAGUCAUCCUUAUCUGAAAAAGUUUAUGAAACUUUGGUUGAUGUUCUUCUUCCAAGUUUAGCAAUGGCUGAUAUACCAGGUUUUCUGAAUGUAAUUGAAAGCCAAGUCUGGUCAACUGCAUCAGAUUCACCUGUGCAUGCAGUAUCCCUCAUGACUCUUAUCAGGGUUGUACGCGGUUCUCCAAGAAUUUUAGUCCAGUACCUUGACAAGGUGGUUACUUUCAUUUUACAGACAAUGGAUCCUGGUAACUCGGUCAUGCGUAAGGCUUGCUCGCAAAGUUCAACGGUUGCAUUGAAGGAAGUUGUUCGUGUUUUUCCUAUGGUAGCCCUAAAUGAUUCAUUGAAAAAGUUGGCCAUUGGAGAUGCAUUUGGUGAGAUAAACAAUACAAGCAUUCGCAUAUAUGAUAUGCAAAGCAUUACAAAAAUAAAGAUCUUGGAUGCAAGUGGACCACCUGGACUUCCACGUUUGCUAGGAGGUUCAGAAAUGGCUGUGAAUUCUGCUAUAUCUGCUCUUAGCUUUUCACCAGAUGGAGAGGGGCUACUUGCUUUCUCUGAGAAUGGACUGAUGAUUAGAUGGUGGUCUCUAGAGUCUGUAUGGUGGGAAAAGCUUACCCGUAAUCUCGCUCCUGUUCAGUGCACCAAAUUGAUUUUUGUUCCACCAUGGGAGGGGUUCUCACCUAAUUCAAGUAGGACUAGUAUAAUGACAGCUGCUGCAUUUCCCAAAGAUGGGCACAAUACAUCAAAGGAGAGCUUUGAGGCUUCGAAUGAAAUGGACAAAUUAAAACUGUUGAUUCAUAAUAUUGACUUGUCCUAUAGAUUAGAAUGGGCAGGAGAAAGAAAAGUAAAGCUCACACAUCAUGGCCGCGAAUUGGGUAUUUUCCAGCUUCAAGUGUAAUUCUUCUUUGUCUUCAACCUUUCUUGUGCAUUCUACUAUUCUUUUCGGUUAAAUAGGGGUGUAAACAAGUUAAUGAUAUUCGGUCUUCAAUGAUUUUUGUCUUGAUUUUUGAAGUGCAUGUUUACUGUAACUGGGGACAUUGAAUCUAAUGUAUAUAUAAGCUUUUAGCGGUGCAAUGUUGCAGCCAUUCUUAGCUUUUUACUAAUUGAUAUGUUAUGAAUUGAGGCUUGGGUUGCUCAAAAAAAUAUUAAAAGACAUUUAUUCUCACCGG